AAAAAAUAUUGUGGCCUAAAAUAUAUACAUACAAUUUAUAUGUACGUGCAUGUAGCAUAUCCACAAUUGCUAGAACCCAACGAAUUGUUUGCUGUGAGCUAUUAAAAAAGGCCUACGGUCUAACCAUAAUAACAAACCGGCUUUUAUCGAUGACGCAGCAAGGUGAAACGGAGACUCAACUCAGCGCGCAGAAUAAAUGAACGUCAGUGACGUGAUAAAACAACAAAAACUUCGAAACGCUAGUCGAAAAGCGCAAAAUUGUUAGCAACAAUUUUUUUUUGUUUUUACAAAAAGAAAAAAUGCAAAAAUUAUAAGUUCUUUUUGUAUUUUCUAUUUUAAACAUUUCGUAACUGACAAUUUGCAACGCGCCGCUGAGAGCGCGAGAACAACAGAUCGUAUUACAAAAUUGAUAUAAGCACAAACACGCACACACACUCUAUACAUAUAAAGAAAAUUAGCUGCUUACCAGUGAGUGUGUUGGUGGUGGCACAUACAUAAAUAAAUACGUAAUCGAGGUUUGAGUCAAUGACGUUGGAGACAAAAGUAACAACGAAAACAGGAAAUAUAGAGCGUAGAAAUAUGCCGCGCUCAGUGUGUAGUGCGCCAAGAUCACCACGACCGCCGUGCUCACCAACACGCACAACAUCAAACUCAUUAUCACCAGCAUCAACAAAUCUGGCAUCAAUAUUAAACACAACAACCACCAUCAUGCUUUCGAGCGCAACGUGCAGCUGGCGAAAGAGUGACUACUCAACAAACUCGCUGCGCACCACCACACCAACAACAACUAUCAGCUGUAACAGUCAUCAAUAUAAUAAUAAAGAUUUUUAUAACACGAAAACUAGCCAACAACGUAAUCAUAUUUUUUCACCGGCAUUUACAUUUAGCCGGCAACUGGUUUAUGCCGCAUUGUUGCUUCUAGUCUUUGCGGCGGGCAAUUGUUGUGGCGGUGGUGUGGGUAGUAGCGAAAGCUUAGCUUUCUCAGUGGCAAAAGCAGUGACAGCAGCAACUGUGGAGGAACGCCCAUUACAUAGGCGGCACACGACAACUAAGGAUAAUAGUGUUGUUGUAGUUGCAAGUGCAAUGGAUGAUGAGAAUGUGGUUUUUGUAAAUAAAUGUUGUGAGAAGUUCGAAAUUCAUGUGGAUGGCGUUUGUACGCAGGUCAAUGAGAGUGACUACUUCCAACCAAUGUUCACCAACUACCAAGGCGUCCAUAACGUGCCCGUGAAAUUCAAGUUUGUUAUUGGUAUACCGGCUUGUGGCACCAUGCAGUCAUGGCCCAUAUAUCAUUACCAAGGUAGUGCCGAUCAAUUGGUGCUUUUGGAUGAUGGUAGAUUACGCCAUUACACCAAUUCAAAUGAGGAGGAGGACGAGGCGUUGUAUGAGCACACAGAUUAUGAGGCCGAUUUGGAUGAUGAACGCAAAUCGCUCUUUCAUGAUUAUGCCCAAGGGCAGUAUUGCAUUGAUAAGGCCAUUUCGACAAGUGGUCAACAUACGCAGGUGCUUUAUGCUAAUAUAUGUUUGGCAAAGAGAGAAAUCAAAUGGUCGGAUACAACAUUUUUGCUGCGCAAAGUAAUUAAUCCCAUAUUGCAUUGCAUUUCCCUGAUACUUUUACUGUUAAUAUCGAUUAUCUACUUUAUACUGCCCACAUUACGCGAUCUUGUUGGCAAUAUCAUUACCACAAUUGCUGUGUGUUUGAUGGCUGUACAAGCGGCGGAUUUUGUGCGCAUCUUUACGGAGUUCUCGAAUCAUGUGAGCUUCAUUGUUGCUGAUAUCAUACUCUAUAUCAGCUUGCUGGGCGCCUUCUUUUGGCUGAACAGUUUCGGUUAUUACAUUUGGAAGACCUUCCGUUCACGCAAUGUUUUCUUGCGUGUCACCGAUGGUCGUAAAUAUUGCUAUUAUUCAGCAUAUGCGUGGGGUCUCACCGCGUUGAUGGCUUGUUUGGCGGUAUUCGCGCACUUUUUUCUCGACGCCGAUUCGUACAAAGAGCAAAAUCUUAUUGGUGAUCAGGAAACUAUCGGUUGGCUUGGCAUUUGGAUAUUUUUCGCACCCAUCGCGUGUACAAUACUAAUUAACGUCUUUUUCUAUGUGACAACAUUGAGAUUGAUUAAUCGGCGUAAUGUUUAUGGUCGUAUACAACACAAAUUGAGAGCUAAUUUCAUUGUGUUUUCGUGGAUGUUAUUAAUUAUGUCCGUUGCGUGGCUAUUUCUUGUGCUAUCCUGGUUGCCAUACGAUGGUUUUCUCUAUGUGCACAUACUAGUCAAUGCUGCGCAGGCGCCGCUACUGCUCUACGUCUGUGUGUUGCGUCAAAAGCAUGUUACAUUUCUGUUGAAGAAAUCCUGUUGUUAUAAUGAACCGCCAUCGGCCAAUGAUUGGGGUGACGAAAUGCAUUAUAUGAAUUGUAAUAAUUACUGAGAUGAGGCGCGCGUUAAGAACGCGCCGAUGACACGAAACAUGCAACAAACGGUAAGCACGGUGACACCACAGACGCCAUGUAUAUUUCCAGAUGGCCUAACCAUUGGGCCAGUGACUGUGUACAGGCAGACAUCGGUGUAAUUUGCUGUUUUUAUUUUAAACUUAUUGAACUAACUAAACUCUGAGUCUGACAAAUUGUUUAAUUGUAAGACAAACCUAAUCAUAAUACAAUCGUACAAUAUUAAGUGAAAUGUCAUUAAUUUUAAGGUUUUUUAUUUUUUUAUUUUAUAUGAAAAAUUCGAAACUAUUGCAUAAAGUAACUUGUUAGAUGGUUCAAAAGUGUACUUAAGCUGUAAACUCGAAUUGAAAAUAAUUUUUUUUUAGUUAUGAAGACUUCAGACAAGUGUUGAGCUUUAAGAUAUUUUAAUAAAAAAAAUGAAAUAAAUAUG